AUGAUAAAAAAUAAGGGAAUGAAAAAACAAGAUAUUAGCAAGUUAAAGAAAACCACAGGAGCACGCAAUAAAAAAAAAACAACUCCCUCGAAAAAUAUUUCAAAUGAAAAGAAAAACGAUAUUCCCCCCACCAUUUUGAGAUGGAUAGAUUUGCUGAAAAAUUUGAAGCUGAAGCAGCUAAAAAAAAACAUAGAUGAUGAAAUCAGGAACCAUGAAGUAAACAAAAACAUCAACGAUAAACUUCUGUUCUUUUUGAAUGAUGAAUUGGAGGAAGAAACCAUUUUCGAUAAAAUAGAAGAAAUGAAAAAUGGAAAGUUAAGCAUGCUGGUAGAGAUACACAAAGAAAACAUGACAAAUUUACAAAAACGAUUUGAGGAAGAUAUAAACAAGCUUUUUAACCAUUUUGAAGAAGACCGAGAAAUUCUACUCAGAAAUAGGAACACAAUCAUUCACAACAUAAAUAUGUUUUAUAAGCAGAUUGAACAGAAACAACAGAUGACUAAAAUGAAUCUGCAAAAGGAAGAAUUCGAAAUGAUGGAUGAAAUUUACAAAAACUAUAUAGCGGAGAGAUAUAUCUGCAACCACAAAUUUGAGAAAUUCAAAGAAGAAGACGAUAUAAAAUUUAAUAGUCUGAUCAAUGCAAAUAAGAAGAUUCUGAAUGAGGCAAGCGAGAAUUACAACUCCGUUAUAGACAAGUAUGAGAAAAAUAAGAAAAACAUGCUAUCUAAGGAGAAAGAGGUGCACGAAUUGGAAUUGAAAAUUGAUAACUGGAAAUUAAAACUGGAGAAUGAGAUAAAGAUUUACGAAAUACAAAUUGAGAGACUUCGAAAUGAGAAGACACAACUGUUAAAUCAUAUAAGAGCAAUCAAGAUGAUACUUCAAAAAUUAAAGUAUAAUGAUAAACAAAGGCUUAUAGAUAUCACUGUGAAUUCAAGUAAAUGCAUUAACAUGUUGGAGGAAAACCUUGUUCUUGCGAACAAGUUGAUAAAUGCAAAUAACAUGUGCAGGAGAUACGAAACAGAGAGAGAAAAAAUUGUCUCAUCCUUGGAAGUGACACAUCUGGAAAAUGAAGCUAACCCUCUUCAAGUAGAACAGGAGGAAGAAUUGAUGAUCUGUAUGCAAAAGAAAAACGAAGAUAGGGCUAAACUUCUUGAGAACUUUUUUAGGCGAAAAAACAAAGCCAUCUUGGACAUAAUUCUUUUGAAAAAGGAAUUGCAUAUUCUUAAAAGGAAAAACAAAGAAUACAAUGAAAUCAUUGACGAUAUGGAUAAUAAAUUAAAUUUAAACAAGAAGGUGAAUUUUAAGGAAGGCGACUUUGUCAUAAGGUCUGCAUUAUAA